GCGGCGCGACGGGAACACGGCAGUUGUUAGCCAGCAGCAAAACAACGCGCACGCCGACAUUGAUCGGCGCAGGAGAAGCGACGGGACGGGGCGGGACGGGACGGGACGGGCCGGGACGGGCCGGCAGGAGGGCCGGGAGCGGGGCUGGUGUCACCGGCGAGGCGGGACGCGCUGGUCCCUCCGCAGCGCUCAGCGCCCUCUGCGCCCUGGCAGCACCGCCCCGUGGCAGCGGAGCGUCGGCCCGUGAGUCAGAGGCUUUGCGGGAGCUCCGUGCGGCCUCAUCUCGCGUCCCUCGGGGCUCGGCUCUGUCUGCGGCUCCGCGUGGCGGGGAGGCGGUGGCUGCGAGCGGGGCUUCUUCACGAGCUGCAGACGCCCCAUGCUGCGCUUCCUCUGGGACAGCAUCUCCCUGCAGAUGCUCUUCGUCUUCCUCUUCAUCUUCCUGCUCGUCUUCGACUACAUGAAGAAGAGAAAGCCAAAGGACUUCCCCCCCGGUCCUUUUUCCUUCCCUUUCCUGGGAAAUUUGCAACUUUUCCUUGCCAAAGACCCUGUGGGUGCAACGCAGAAGUUUAUUGAAAAAUACGGAAACAUCUUCAGCACGCAAGUGGGCAGCAUGUCCUUUGUGGCUGUAAAUGGGCUGGAAAUGAUCAAGGAAGCCCUUGUGACCCAGGGAGAGAACUUCAUUGAUCGCCCACAAUUUCCAACAACUACAGAACUCUUCAACAAAUUGGGGCUGGUCUUCUCCAAUGGGCACCUGUGGAAGCAGCAGAGAAGGUUCACGUUGACCACCCUCCGGAACUUUGGCCUGGGGAAGAGGAGCCUGGAGGAGCGGAUACAGGAGGAGUGCCGAUUCCUCACGGAUGCGUUCAGGGAUGAGCAGGGUGAGGACCGCUUC